AUGGAGAUGCUUAUCGGAAAACUGAAAGCAAAACUACAGCUUUUGGAGCUCACCCACGAGAAGACAGAGGGUAUUAUUAGUACCGGGAUCACCGAGAAAAUUCGUCGACAUAAAGAAGCUUUACAGAGCAUUGUUAUCGGCGCGGAAGAAAUCAAGAGAGAGGUCGAACAAGCCAAGCUUGAAGGUGGGGAGGCCUUAGACAAAGUUAAAGAAUGGGGGAAAGAAUUCGAAUUGAAAAUCGACGCUGCAGAUACGGAGAUCACCUUACUCGAAGAGCGUGUGAAACGAAUGGUGGCUGAUGCGGAGAAUGAAGAAAGAGAAACAAAGGAGACCCUGUUGGCCCGCCAGCGUGAAGAACAAUUAAAGUUCGAAAGGACAGCAACUGGAGCAGAAGGCAGAGUUCGAAAAGGAAAAGGUUGCCUCUCCGGGUAA